AUGUCUAACUUACACCACCGAAUGCCUACCACCUUUGGACCAUUCCCAGGGCCGCGCCAAUCGUUCGACGGACGUGCCCGUGACGGCUCCAGAAUAAGCAACGUGGAAGCCUUCAUCACAUUCAAGGCCAAGCAAUCCGAUCUUGCCAAUCUCCUACCCCCUACUUUCUCUUUCCAGAAACCGGGUCCGGAAGCCUAUGUCAGCAUCACGGCAAAACGCCUAGAUAAUCUAGAGUGGCUUGCCGGCCGUGGAUACAACCUCCUAAGCGUCUACAUCCACGGCGUGCAAUACACGACGGAAGAAGACGGCAGAGCAUAUCGGGGCACAUAUCUUCCCGUUCUCUGGGAGGAUAUGGCAGACCCGAUCAUUAGUGGGCGGGAAGAGUUGGGUUAUCCGAAACUAUACGCGGAUCUAGACAUCUCGCAAACAGUAAGCACAUAUUCAAUGAUGGCGAGCUGGGAAGGAUCGAAGUUUGCCGAAUUUAGCCUUAGAGGCCUCCGCACGGAAGAAGAUCGGGACGGGAUGGGGUCCCGGCGGCUGGCACCCCCUGAAGCUGGGGUCGAUGAGGGGAUCCUCCUGUGGCGCUACAUGCCUUCGACGGGGCGUCCUGGGCAAGCAGAUGUGGAGUACCCCGUCUUUGUCUCACAUGCAGAGGAAGCAAAGAAGCAACAAGCUAGGGUGAUCAAGAGGUUAACUGCGGAGGGAGGGGAAUUCAAGUGGCAUCCUUUGGACUGGAAAGCUUUGCCGACGUUACACCACAUCAUCGAGCGGCUGGAACGGAUCCAGAUAUUGAAUUUGGUGGCUUGUGGUCUCGUGGAGAAGGUCGGCGGAGGCGAUCUCUCUUCGGCAAGGAGAGUUGGAAGCGAGCAGCCGAGUUUGUAA